CGCGUCUCGCCACGCGUUGAAAUCACCGCGACGAACGCGCGUCGGCGGCGCGGAUUCAAACGGUGUGCCGCGCGCGCGUGCUUUAUCUCGAUCUAUUUAACGAAGGAGAGUUUCGCCACUGUCGAUUAACGCUAAUUUAAUCUCCCGUUGCGUUUACGCAGCAAUCGGGGCUGCGGACGCGAUUAAAGUUAAUGAGACGUUAGUGAAACUUGAACGAUGUAGCUCUUUCCGAAGAAAUGUAGGCGGGUGCGUGUCAAACAUGGACUUGUUUCUUCAAAGCAACGUAAUUACAAAACACAUUUAAAUUGAGAAAAACGGCUAACCGAUCGAAAGCGGAUCUCGGUGCUCAAUAACAAUCUUCUACGUGAAUUUAUGUAUGCAUACAAGUUCCCCGAGGUGCGUGCUGUAUGUUUGUCGGACUUUAAAAGCGGCUUAUUAAAUUAAAAUUUUUAAAAGUCAAAAUCAAAUUCAGCAGUUCGAAAAGUACAGAAAUAGCAUAUAGUUUUUACUUACCACUCCAGGGACCAAAAUCGACUUAUUUUACAUAUUUUUCUUUGUAAAAAAUUCGCUAAAAAUUUGUCUAUACAAAUUCCUCAGAAAAUUGUGAAAAAAAUUAUGAGAAAUGUAUUCAUAUUGGAGUCUAUUUAUAUAUCAAAAACUUUGCUGCAUUAAUUAUUAACUCUAUCUUCGUAGAGAAAUGUGGCAAGAUUUACCGUGUCAUAGAUGUAUGAAGAAGGAAUGAAAUUACUACUUUUUAUUAAGCUAAUGAACUAUUUAAUGACCCAUUACUGUCAAGGAUAAUUACGUUAUUCCUUACAUGAAUUUCUCAAUGUUGCUCUUGCGAGUUCAUUCUGCUGUAGACAAAGUGCGUAAAAUGUCAUGGACUUUUCGAGUUAUUCGCUUUUACGCGCUGACGCAUCCCUGACGUCACACGCAUAUCAAAUAAGCAGAGCGUGAGGCACAACGUCGUUGCUCAUGGUUUGUCGACUGAAUCCCUCCUCGCAACGACAGACCGAGUAAUCUGACAGGAACAUCGGGACUACGUAGCAGACAUGAUCCAAUGAUGGAGGUGAUUUCGACACGCCGAUACGAGGCCCGUCCACCGGCAAAUACCCACUCCUCUAUUCUCGUUGACCCUGAGAACUCCGUGGCAUUAAUCAAAGAAGAGGAAUGGGAGACCCGCAAGAAAAAGGAGAUUACCACCACGCGGCAAAUCGAGACGAGGGUGAAGCGGCAGGUCGUUCUCGAGGACGGCGAGGUGGUCGUCGACACCGGACCCUUCGUCACCACGAACACGACCGAGGACGUCGAGCAACAGGAGCAUACGACUCAGGAGAGACGCACGACCGGGGAUCAACCGCAGGAGGUCGAGUGGCGGCCGGCGGCAGGUGGUAUUGUGACCGGAAAUGGCGGUAACAUCGUGCAAAAGGAGCUGAACGAGACGGUGAUGAGAAGCCGCGAGGAGAUCGAGGAGAGACUCGAGACGGAGGAUCGUCAGCAGUUGGGAGAUAUCUCGGACGAGGCUUACCAGAAGGCGGUGCGUAACAAUAGGGGCGACUUGAGAGUCGCUCUUGCCGAAUCUUCGAAACAGUUGGCGCCGCAAUCCGGUCCGCGGGUCAUUCAGCACACGACUAGGUCAAACAAAGUCAUCGACACCGAGAAGACCUUGGAGAAAAAGGAACUGAAGGCUGAUGGAUUAAUCGUUACCGAGAAGAAGCGAACGGUCGAGCACGAAGAGAUCAAAGACGACGAGGUUCCGGACGACGGGACGAACGACGACGACGCCUCUGAAACGAAGAAGGAAAGCUCACAGAGAUACGUCAAGAAGAGAGAAGAAGACGUGGUGGACUACAUCUCGGCCGGCGAGAGAGUCGGCCGAGAAAUGCGCUACGUCGCAGAGACAACCGAAGGAGAACGAAUAGGCGACUGGUCACCAUCACCGACGGGCAUGCGGACGACUCGUUUUCACAAGUACCCCGGUUCCUCGGAUGCCGCUCGAAAAGAUGCUUUGACGAAAAAACCGUUGGACUUUGAGGAAGAGGACGAGGCGAGAAAAUUCGAAACGUCCAAGUGGCUGGAAAGCCACUUCGGCAGCGAUUCGCGUUCCUCGCACGGGUCUCUCGAUGCCGACGAUUCUCCUCUUCCUACCAGCUAACACGAGCUCACUAACACGAGCUACAUCAACGUCACUAUGAAAUCUUGCACGCCGAAGGAGCGCGAUUAUCAGAAUGUAAGUUCCAGUCGCAAUCAGCGACGUGGACGGGAAUCAGGCUCGCCUUCAGGCUACUUUCAUGGAAUUAGCGAAUGGUCGGAACGAUAUCAAGGGAAAGAGAAGCAAAAUCAUGCACGAUCGAACUCUCCGGUUCGGUACGUGGAAUUUCCACGUGCCAACGGACAUGCCCACGGGCACAAGAGAAAUCAAGUUGAAUCAUCGUACUCGAAAACUUACGAAUCGUUCCGACGUGAGUAUCAGGAUUCUGUCGCGGAACGACAAUGUACGCCAUCCCCACCGAUACGACGAAGAUCGAAAGAACAGUGGGCAAAGUCCGAGGAAAAGAUUACUUCGAACGAGCCAUCAUCAGGCCGUACCUCAAGUCCGGUACACGUAGUGCAAAGAACUUGGGAAAGCCGCAAUCGCGAUGUUCGAGCACAGACACCCGAACGCGAUUACAGAAGUACCACGCCGCGAUCACGGUCGACCUCACCGAAAUUGCCGAUAAACGGUCGCGAAGAGAAGAAGACGGAUAGUCCACGAGCGUCAAAGGGUCAUGGGCCCAAGUACAAGAUAGGCGAGUCCUUUCGGAAACUGGUGGGGAAAUUGCGUUCAGCCAGCACCGAGAGAAAGAACAAGAGAGGAAGCAAUAAUUCGACCUCGCAAUUAACGCAGACCGACGACAACGGUCCGACUUAUUUGCAAUAUAACGUGAUCGACAGGAAUAUUCCUUUCGUGAGCGAAAGAGACACGGAGGCGAAACCACCGGAGAGACCGCCGCGAUCGCCGCGGAAUGCCAGCGCGUCGAACAAAGCCACGAAGACGAUCACCAAGACGGUCGAUCAUGGGGUCCAGGAGUGGCAGCGCAGCGAGUCCACGCCACCGCCCUUGCAGAGAUACUACCUGGGCGAGGAUCCCUUCGGCGGCAGUAUCUACGGCCGCGAAAAAGGAUACGAGAACGACAGAGAUCGGCUGCGACACGGAAGACCACGCGGCUCCGGUAAAAUUGCCGUAGAUUCCGAGCACAGCGUCGUUUCCAGCUCCCUCGGCAGGUUUAGCAAGUCCACCAGCAGACUGAUCGGCGAUCACGAGAGGGGCGAUCACGAGAGGGAGGAGCACUUCCGGUCCACCCAGACGUUACCGCGGAGCCUGCACUCCACUAGUGGUGGACAAUCGACACGCUUGCAGACCAGCAGACGGCACCAGGCGAACAUCGGCAGGCACGGCACACCCGGCAAAGUGGCCCAGCAGCACAGCAGCAUGAUCAACAUAUCGAUCAAGAACACGGUGAGCACGUCGCCCAAGGUAAACGCGACGUCUACGUACAGCACUCUUCAGGCACCGCCGAAACCCGAACGUACGUACAAGUCGUCGCUGUCACGAAGCAAGAGCUUCAACGUUGAGGCCGACAAAAACGGCACGCCGACCUGUGUACCGUAUACCUCCAAUUUACACCUGAACCGCCUGGAUGAGACGCCGCCGCUGAAGAGUCCCGGCAUUCUCGCCAGCAUUAGCCGUAGUAAUAGGGAUCUGUUUAGAGACGGUAAAUACUGAGGUGGCCGUAAUAAACCAUAUAAUAAUCCUUUCUCGGACGCUAAUUUGCGCUAUCCUCCUUUUUCCCCCUAUAUAAGCGAACCCAGAGAUCCUUCCGAAGUGUGAAUGAUUUUAAUAAAUUUUAAGCGAAAAGCUGCAAAUAAAAAUGAAGCAAUUAAAUAUAUUCUUAUUUUAUGUGUAUUAUAGAUUUCGAACACACACGUGUUUUCGAUAAAUUUUGUAAAUCUUUGUUUUUAUUCUCCUUUUUGUUAUUGCCCAAAUCUUUUCUUCCUUCUUCGCUCCCGUUCCUAAUCGUGUCACUAUUGGCCAUGGUGUUCAUAUAUAUUUGUAUAAAUGCAUUACAUUUCUUUAAUUUAUUUCCAUGUUAUCAAGUAUCAAUUAUGCGUUUUAAUGCGGGAUAUUGUCAUUUAUUGUCGGCGUGACGUAAAUAAAUAGCAAUCAACUUGCAAACUGUUCAAGAAAUUAACAGGUGCCGCGGUAGUAACUUUUAUAAUCGACAUUUUUUGUACAUAUUAUACGACAUGACGCAUUCUCACGAAUUAUUUAAUGCGAAUCAGAGUCUAUUGGAGUCGAGGAUGUCAAAGUCACGUCCUUUGAAAUCGAUCGUAUGAAAUAUAUUAAGGUAGACUCGAUAACAAUCGCUAAAUCUUCUUAAAUAUUAUAAAAUGUUUCGUAUAUUUUUAAUGUUUACGUGCCGCACACUUUUGACAGAUUACUGACAUUCUCACGAAACGGAAAAUGUGAAGGUUGUUAAGCGGACUUUAGACGGUCAGUAUUAUUGCACAAAUCAUCGAUUAUCCGGAGGCUAAAUGAGUUUGUUUUGAAUAGUCUUGAGAAAUAUUGUGCAAUAUAAUUGAUCGUCUCGCUUUAUACACAGAAUGCUCCGCAUCUCAUUAGAUGUCUUAUCUUCUUAUAUUCUCGUAUUAACACAUUUUUUAAUCUGAAGGAUAUCUUUUUUUCAUGAAUUACCGUAAAAACAAGAGUCUUGAAAGAAAAUAUCGCGGAACAUUCUGUAUCUGUUAUUGCGCGUAAUUUUUAUUAACAAAUGAAUGUACGAGUUUCAUAUAGAUGCGAUAUUAUUUAUAUAGUGUUCGUAUUGUUGAUUUACAAUAAUAUAACGUAAAUAAACGAGAGUUCUUAUCUUUG